GCAGGCGCAAAGCCCCGCAGCCCCGCGAGGAGGGAGGCCCUGGGCGCCCAGCGGCGGGGCCCAGUCCGAGGCCGGAGGAGGCGCCCCGGGCCCCGGAAUGCGAGUCCCGAGCCCCAAAGAUUUGUGUGUGCAAUGGAUGCUGAUCUCAGCUCCCAGGACAGGAAGGACCUGGACAAGUUCAUCAAGUUUUUCGCCCUGAAGACGGUCCAAGUGAUAGUCCAGGCACGGCUUGGAGAGAAGAUUUGUACUCGCUCGUCAUCUUCCCCAACAGGAUCUGACUGGUUCAACUUGGCCAUCAAGGAUAUCCCAGAGGUCACACAUGAGGCCAAGAAGGCCCUGGCAGGGCAGCUGCCCGCUGUGGGGAGGUCUAUGUGCGUGGAAAUCUCGCUCAAGACUUCGGAGGGAGAUUCCAUGGAACUAGAAAUUUGGUGUCUUGAAAUGAAUGAAAAGUGCGACAAAGAAAUUAAAGUUUCCUACACUGUGUACAAUAGGCUGUCACUACUGCUCAAGUCUUUGCUUGCUAUCACUAGAGUGACACCAGCCUACCGACUCUCCAGGAAACAGGGCCGUGAAUAUGUCAUACUCUACAGGAUAUACUUUGGAGAAGUCCAGUUGAACGGCUUAGGAGAAGGCUUCCAGACAGUCCGAGUUGGCACAGUAGGCACCCCAGUGGGCACCGUCACUCUGUCCUGUGCCUACAGAGUUAACCUGGCCUUCAUGUCUGCCAGGCAGUUUGAGAGGACCCCACCUAUCAUGGGGAUUGUCAUUGACCAUUUUGUGGACCGUCCCUACCCCAGCUCCUCGCCCAUGCACCCCUGCAACUACAGGACAGCUGGUGAGGAUGCUGGGGUAGCAUAUCCAUCUGUUGAGGACUCUCAGGAAGUCUGCACAACCUCUUUCUCAACCUCCCCUCCAUCCCAGUGUGUGUUCACAGUUAGUAAGGCACAUUUUCAGACCCCUACUCCGGUGGUGACGGACACCUUGAGGGUCCCAGUGGCAGGACUGGCCUUUUCCCACCAACUCGCCAGCUCCCGCCUUUCCUAUCAGCCCACUCUUCUGGGAGUUGGAUCAGCUGAGCUGGCCCAUCCAGUGGUCUUUGCUGCUGGCUCAGGCGCUGCCCACCCUCACCAGUUAAUGGUUCCAGGGAAGGAAGGUGGAGUGCCCCUCGCUCCUAGCCAGCCUGCCCACGGCACCCAGGCCGACCAUGAGAAGAUGGCAACCUGUACCCCUUCCGAUGGUGCCCACUACAUAGUCACUCCUUCCAGCAGUGAAGACCCCGAAACCGUAUCCAACAGCAGUGAAGGCCGCGGCUCCCCCCAUGACAUCCUGGAGGCCAUCUUGGUUCGGAAGGUGGGAGCGCUCGUCAACGAUUCAGUGGAUCAGGUAACAAUGACCAAUUUGGACAUCCCCUUUGCCAUGUUUGCUCCCAAGAACUUUGAGCUAGAGGAUAAUGAUCCCAUGGUGAAUCCUCCUGACUCCCCCGACACUGACUCUCCUCUCCAAGGCAGCUUGCACUCCGAUGGGUCCAGCGGUGGCGGCGGCGGCAACGCUCACGAUGACUUUGUCAUGGUUGACUUUAAGCCAGCCUUCUCAAAAGAUGACAUUCUGCCCAUGGACUUAGGGACCUUCUACCGGGAGUUUCAGAAUCCCCCUCAGCUGAGCAGCCUGUCUAUCGACAUUGGGGCUCAGUCCAUGGCUGAAGACCUGGACUCACUCCCAGAAAAACUGGCCGUGCAUGAGAAGAAUGUCAAAGAGUUUGAUGCCUUUGUGGAGACCCUACAGUAAAGUCAGCAUCCUCCCCAGGCCCCAGCAGCAGCAGCAGUAGCAGCUCCUUUCUUGGACACCCCUGAGGACAGAGACCAUUCCACCUAGCUCUCUUCUCCCUUUCUCUCAUCUGUUAUUGAUUCAGCUUCAAUCCAGGCCAGGGAGUGGAAGGCAGAGGGAAGGGGCUCCCCCAUUCCUACCUUUUGGCUCUUCUCCCCAAUCAGACCCAGGGGUCGGCAUUGAAGAGGGCCCAGUCCCUGGAGCAUUUGAGUUCUGGGUCAUAAUCUACCCUAAGAGUCAGGAAUAAGCACAGCUGGUGAAAAAGGGAGCUUUCCCACCCCAGUGUAGAGUAGAGCAGCUCAUCUCAGCCCCUGCUGCUUAGCCAGCCGAACAUCGCCAUCCAGUUUGGCCUGUAGAAUUAUGGACCUUCCACCUACCUUGAACUGAGCAGCCUCUCCCCUCAGUACUGGGGCUGUAUCUAGGGCUGAGGACACUGGAUAUGACUGUCCUACCCCAGUGACCCAGGAACAAGAAAGGAAAGAGCAAAGUCCGGUCCACCAAUACCACACACAGUGUAGAGGCCCGGAAGGACGGGGCAUUUUACUUUCCCAUGUCUCAGU